GAAAGUGCUGCGGCCAAUCAGAUCACAGGUCACGAGAUUUUCACGGACCAACACGCUGGACGUUAUACGUGCAGCUUAUAUUGGUAUGGGUAGACAGCCGGAUGACUGACUUAAAACUGCUAUAAAACAAAAUAUUAAUGUGUGGCUUCUACGUGACCGACGAUGGAACUAUCUUACCAAGCCAUCAAAACAGCGAAUCAAGCCAGAGAGGCAGAUGAGAUAAGAACUGAAACCAGAAGGCGAAAUUUGCUGAUUCUAAUCUUCCACCACCUGAUGGAUGAAGGGUAUGUGGAAGCUGCCAGUGCUUUGCAGCAGGAGAGCAGUAUGUGUCUGCGCCGGUUUGAGGUGUGCGAUAAUGUGGACCUGGACACUAUCCUGAUGGAGUACGAAAGUUAUUAUUUUAUCAAGUUCCAUAAGUAUCCCAAGCUGACAAAGAAGGUACCAGAAACAUGUGAGGGCAGACAGGCUCAAAGUCAUGGUACAAAAAGAACCCCGGGUUCAGCAUCCCAGAUCCUGCCCAGGCUAAACUCGCUGCAUGGUACCCCCUCCAGGAUUAAGAAGACAGACUCCAAGGUGGCGGUGAGGGAUGGAGGCAAAUCUGCCAGCGAAAAUGGAUGGUCUCCCCCACCAGAGACGACUGAUUUUGGGCUGAGCGUGGCACCAGCCUUCCGAAAUGGAACCCUGGAAGGAGCACAAGCGAAGCGGAGCCAUCCGAUGGACUAUCGCUGCCUAGACGCCAUUAGAGGGCCCAGCGGCAACCUGACCUGUGGCCCCGACCCCUCGGAGCGCCUGCUGAAGCCAAUGAGUGCCUUCAGUAGCAUGAACAGUGAGAGCAGGGAGCUGGCCACAGUAAUCAGCAAGGAUAUCUAUUUACACAACCCAAACGUGAAGUGGGAUGACAUUAUCGGCCUGGAAGCGGCCAAGCGAUUAGUCAAAGAGGCUGUCGUCUACCCCAUUAAGUAUCCCCAGCUGUUUACUGGUAUCCUGUCUCCCUGGAAGGGCCUGCUACUAUACGGACCUCCUGGCACAGGGAAGACCAUGCUAGCCAAAGCUGUGGCUACUGAGUGCCACACCACCUUCUUCAACAUUUCUGCUUCCAGCAUUGUCAGCAAGUGGAGGGGAGACUCAGAGAAGCUUGUUCGGGUUCUGUUUGAGCUGGCCCGGUUCCAUGCUCCUUCCACUAUCUUCCUGGACGAGUUGGAGUCUGUGAUGGGCCAGAGAGGCUCCGGCCCAGGGGCCGAACACGAGGGCAGCCGCAGGAUGAAGACCGAGCUGUUGGUGCAGAUGGACGGGCUGGCUCGCUCUGAUGACCUAGUAUUCGUACUGGCUGCAUCCAACCUACCCUGGGAGCUGGAUCAUGCCAUGCUAAGACGGCUGGACAAACGCAUCUUGGUGGGGCUGCCCUCGGCCCCCGCUCGCCAGGCCAUGAUCGCCCACUGGCUGCCCCCACUGAGCAGCUCAGGGGGGGUGGAUCUGCACACAGAGCUGGACUACCGCAUGCUAGGACAGGAGACAGAGGGCUACUCAGGCUCAGACAUCAAGCUGGUGUGCAAAGAGGCCGCGAUGAGACCGGUCCGCAAGGUGUUUGAUGUCCUGGAGAGUCAGGAGAACGGUAACGCCAAGACGCCCAUCAUCCUGCUGGACACGGUGACCACAGAUGACUUCCUGGAGGUGAUCGCCCACACCAAGCCGUCAGCCAGGAACCUGACGGAAAAACCAGUACAGCAGCAGGGGGACAGAGGCAUGCUCACCUGAGAAGUCCUCCAAGGCGCUGUCCUCCAGCAGCAGUAGGGGUCUCAAAGCGCGACGUUCCACCAGACCACGGGCAGCACUCAGCGA